AUGCCCAUUCAAGUCAGUGUCAACUCAGAACCGCGAAGUCCAACGAUUCAGAGCUCUCUGUCCAAAUCUGAAGUUGAGGAUAUCCGGGAGGUGUUCGACCUUUUCGAUUUCUGGGACGGUCGGGAUGGUAUGAUCGAUGCGGUCAAAGUCGGUGACUUGCUCCGAUGCAGCGGAAUCAACCCAACUAUUGCGAUCACUGUGAAACACGGUGCCACAUUGAAACAGGGCGAACGUUUGGAAGAUAGCGAGGUUGACCAGAUUGUCAAAUUCAUUGACCUGAAAGAAGAUAUGGACGGCAACAUCAAAUACGAAGAACUGAUCAAGAAGGUCAUGGCCGGUCCAUCUACAAAAUAA